AUGGGGACCGUUAGCAGCGGCUUGACAGAUGGUUUUUCGCGGGCAACCUGCUGCGUCCAGCGCAGAGCUGCUGCCCGAUGCUUGAACCCGCACUUGAAUGUGCAGCUCUUGAAGUGGGAGCAUGAAGGAGCCAAGAUUGAGGAGGUGUGGCUGAUUCGUGACAGCUCUCCAGCACCAGACCUUGUGCCUCAGCUCUCUUCGGAGCCAUCGGAUGCGCGUCUUGCAAUUGUCUACAACAUCUCCGUCGGCUCUUCCGGUCUGAAACCUUUGCGGCUGGACUGGAAGCCUGAAGGUCUAGGCUUCAUGCAGGGCGGCCUUUCCAAAGAAUGCCUCUGUGUCAAAGUGCCUGCAAGCCCGUUGCCGUUGGAGAUGUUGAUUUCGCAUCUUCAAGGCAUCGAGAAGAAGGAGUACGAUCCACAACAUUUCAACUCGCAAGACUUCUGUGACUUGGACCACACACCAUAG